ACAAGGAGCAGCAGUCCUGGAAACACCGCUCGAGCAGAUGGUCGCAGUUAUUUCAGGGUGACCCGGCCCACAGGCGCCGACCCCCCCACAACAACCAUCCGGUCAGCCCACUGUUACUACAUGUGCAAAGGACAGAUCAGGAACACACUUAUAGGUGCAGCAGGGUGGACCGGACCUUCUCCAAGGCAAGACGAGCAUGGAAAGAGGAUGGGAGUGAGCCGAGACUUUGUGCCGCACUAGCGCCUCAGCAGUUGCGGCCGAAGGUCCCGUUCGGCGCCGCGGCAAGCCGCAAGACUGCCGACCUAUUUGAAAUGAUUGAAAAGAUGCAGGGGAGCAGGAUGGACGAGCAGCGGUGCACCUUUCCGCCCCCGCUCAAGACCGAGGAGGACUACAUUCCCUACCCAAGUGUCCACGAGGUUUUGGGAAGGAAAAGCCCCUUUCCGCUCAUCCUUCUGCCGCAGUUUGGCGGUUACUGGAUUGAGGGGACAAACCACGAGCUGGGCGGUACUCUGGACUCACCGGAGCCGCUGCAGACUUUAUCCCCGGACAGCCGCGCCAAGCUGGAAUGCAACACCACAGCGACGCUCUACCGCAAACACUUUCUGGCAAAGGAACACUUUAAUUACUAUUCAGCGGACGGCGCCCUCGGACAUCUGGUGUUCUCUUUAAAGUACGACGUGAUCGGCGACCAGGAGCAUCUCCGGCUAUUGCUCAGGACCAAACAGAAAACCUACCACGACGUCAUCCCCAUCUCCUGCCUGACUGAGUUUCCCAACGUGGUCCAAAUGGCCAAGCUCGUUUGUGAGGAAGUCAACGUGGACCGGUUUUUCCCGGUGCUGUAUCCGAAAGCCUCGCGACUCAUUGUGACCUUCGAUGAGCACGUCAUAAGCAACAACUUCAAGUUUGGGGUGAUUUAUCAAAAGUUUGGCCAGAUAUCGGAGGAGGAGUUAUUUGGCAACAGCCGAGAGAGUCCCGCCUUUGUGGAAUUCUUGGACUUCCUCGGAGAGAAAAUCGAACUGCACAACUUUAAAGGAUUCCGCGGAGGCUUGGACGUGACUCACGGCCAGACCGGCACAGAAUCGGUCUACUGCAACUACGGCAACAAAGAGGUCAUGUUCCACGUGUCCACAAAGCUGCCUUACACCGAGGGGGACGCGCAGCAGUUGCAGAGAAAAAGGCACAUAGGGAACGACAUUGUGGCGAUUGUAUUCCAGGAAGAAAAUACUCCCUUUGUGCCAGAUAUGAUCGCCUCCAACUUCCUUCAUGCCUACGUUGUGGUCCAAGCGGUCAACCCGUGUUCGGGGAAUGUUCUCUACAAGGUGUCGGUGACAGCGCGCGAUGACGUCCCGUUCUUCGGCCCCGCCCUCCCAGAUCCCGCCGUCUUCAAAAAAGGCCUCGAGUUCCGCGAGUUCCUCUUCACGAAGCUCAUCAACGCGGAAUACGCCUGCUACAAAGCCGAAAAGUUUGCCAAGUUGGAGGAGCGAACGCGGUCGGCCUUGCUGGAAACGCUUUACGAGGAGCUGCACGCCAACAGCCAGGCCAUGAUGGGCGUCGGCGGCGAAGACGACAAGCUGGAGAACGGCGGCGGCGGCGGGGGAGGAGGGGGCUUCUUCGAGUCCUUCAAGCGGGUGAUACGCAGCAGGAGCCAGUCAAUGGACGCCAUGGGUCACACUUUCAAGAAGCCGCACGCGGUGCCCGCUAGCCUCAGCGGAAGCUUUAACCACGGCGCGCCCGCGGAGAGCCCCAAAUUCCCAGGGAUAUCUUUGAUCAUCCCGGGGAAAAGUCCCACCAGGAAAAAGUCGGGCCCUUUCAGCUCCAGGCGAAGUAGCGCCAUCGGAAUUGAAAACAUUCAGGAAGUGCAGGAGAAAAGCAGGGAGAACUCGCCGAACACCCAGAAGACCCCCGACAGCGGCCACGUCUCUCAAGAUCAGAAAUCGGACAACUCGUCCAAUCAGAGCUCCCCUGAGGCGCUCGCCACCGCCAAGAACAGGACCCCGUCCAUCCCCGAGGCCGACCUUUCGCGCUCCUCGUCCGACGCCAGCAGUUUCGCCAGCGUGGUGGAGGAAAACGAGGCGGCCGAGGACUACGACACCGGCAUGGAGAGUCUCUCGUCCGCCGGAACGCCACACAAGCGGGACUCUUUCACGUACGGCGCGUGGCUGGACGACGGCGGCGCCGACGGCCGGGUCGGCUCGCCAGGAGCUGGUAAAAGUGAGCGCGGGAAGGGAACGGACAUCCGCAUCAAGCUGGAGCGACCUCACGAUGGUCAGCCGUCGUCGAAGUGUUAGUUCAGCCAGCCCCGUUGCUUGGAUACCCGGACUUCCAUCUUCAGCAUUCCCAAAAAGUCGCGGUCCCUCCAGGAGACGAGACGAGUGCGGGCGUUCCCCGACGACCGAUCUGCCGGACGUGGGGAGACGAGCGGCGGACGCUGAGCGCGGGACCUCGCCCGACGGCCCGACGGCCCGAGUGCAGCCCAUCAGGACAUAAUGCGGGUGACGCGCCAGGAGGGCCAAAAAUUUGCACACUGGCAUUUCGUGGCACUCUUUUUCUUUGUUACUGAGCUCACACACGGUACCCAAAAUAUUAAUUUAUGGAUGUAUGAGACAUUUUGAUUUUGUUUUCUCAAGCGUUCCGGCAACACAGGGUAGAGAGGGGGGCCGUGGAGCUCUUUGGCAAAUCUUGCAGAUUUUCACUGGGUUUAUGGGCAAACAUGAAAUUGUUUUUUUUUUUUUUUUUUUUUUUUUCCAGCACAAUAUUUAAGGGGCCUUGAGAUAUGAGUGGACCCAAUUUAUGGGUUUCAUCAAAUUUUGACUUGAGAUGCAACACACGCGCUGCAUUGAACUCACGUCACAAUCAGCAGAAAUUUGACAACUCUUCAAGAAGGAGGCUUCAAGCUGUUGAGUGCCUCGCCCGUUUCAAGUUGAUCGUCAAACUAAACAUCAAACAAAGAGAAUUACAAGUUGAGCAUCUCAAAGAGCAUACUUCUUUGCCUGAGAAAUGCUUCCGUUAGCUUAAUGCUAACGCACGAAGCCAAAUGCCAUCAAAAGUGUCGGCGUUGUUGUCCUUUCCGAACACACACAUUGAAGCAACACAUGCAAACUGAUAAUAUAACAAUACUUACAGGUAUACAUUAUUCAUACGCUGCAAAAAGUCUAUUCUUUUCGUCUGCAUGAUUGUAUUAUACUGCCUCCUGGUGGUCAAGGUGGGCACACCAAAGCAAAGCCAAUUCAUUUGUAUGGCGCAUUUCAUACACUGUGCGCUCCACAUGGUUAAAAGCAUUGAAAUACAUAACUAAAAGCAUUUGAAAAGAGUACAAUUUAAACAACUUUUGGUGCAAGAAAUACGCUAAAACGCAGGAGAAAAAAGAAAGUUUUACUCUGGAUUUGAAAAUAUUCACAUUUGGGGCUGACGUCACCUCUGCUGGCAAUUUAUUCCAUUUUAUUAUUAUUUUUUUGCAGCAUAAUCCCUAAAUUCUGCUUCACUAUGUUCGCUUUGGACUCUGCACUCCAUUGUCAGAGCCCGACUGGGUUUGUAUUCCAUUAGCAUUUCUUUCAUGGAUUCAGGACCGAAACCAUUUAGUGAUUUAUAGACCAGUAGCAGAACUUCCAAAUCUGUUCUAAAACUGACUGGAACCCAGUGUAAGGACUUGAAAGUUGGAGUUCUAUGUAUGCUCUGACCACUUUGUUGUGGUCAGAACCCAGAAUGCAGCAUUCUAAACGAGCUAAUUGAUGCUCUUAUUGGGGAGUCCAGUCAGAAGACCAUUACAAUAGUCAAGGCGACUUGAGAUAAAUGCAUGGAUGGGCUUCUCCGGGUCUGCCUGACACAUGCAAGCCUGCACUCCGGAUGUGUUCUUCAGGCGGUAAAAGGCAGUUUUACUAAUUGAUCUGAUAGGACUCUUGAAGGUCAGGUCGGAAUCUAUCAGAGGACCAAGGUUCAAGGUUUUGGACUUGGUCUUUGCUUUUUAAAGACAAUGAGUCCAGGUAUUUACAAAGAGCAACCCUUUUUUCUUUAUUGCCCAAAAAACUAUUACCGUAAUUUCUGGGCUACAGGGCGCACCUCCUUCUAAGCCUCACCCAGUAAAUUUGUAAAGGAAAUACCAUUUGGUACAUACAUAAUCCGCACCUGUGUAAAAGCCGCAAGUGCCCACAUUGAAACGAGAAUAUUUACAAAGACUGUGCACAGAAAGAGUUUUACCUUAGCCUUGCUAAAAAUAGAAACAAUAUGGUAGCAUGAACAGGGCUGUUUGAAAAAAAAAAAAAAAAAAAAAAACAGCUGAGGCAGCUCCACAGUAGCAACACGCUAGCACAGCACUAAGAGGGCCGGUUAAAAAAAAAAACAUACCAAAAUCACUGAGAUGCAGCAGUAACACAGCAGCAACACGCCCUGUUAGCGUGGCCCUAACAGGGCUGGUUAAAAAAAAAAAAACAUACCAGUAAAAAUCACUGAGACACGGCAGUAACACAGCAGCAACACGCUAGUGCGGUGGUAACGCUAGCGUGGCGCUAACAGGGCUGGUUAAAAAAAACAACAUACCAGUAAAAAUCACUGAGACACGGCAGUAACACAGCAGCAACACGCUAGUGCGGUGCUAACGCUAGCGUGGCGCUAACAGGGCUGGUUAAAAAAAAAACAUACCAGUAAAAAUCACUGAGACACGGCAGUAACACAGCAGCAACACGCUAGCACAACUCUAAUCCAAACGGGGCCGGUAAAAAAUAAAAAUAAAAAAACAUACCGGUAAAAGUCACUUCCUCGGCACAUAUAUUCCACCGGUCUCACUCUUACCUUUUCCGCUCGAGUGCCCCCUGGCGGCCGUUAGGAAAAAAAUGCACAAAUUUGCCGCAUCACCGCAUAAGUCGCGGUUUAUAGGCCGGAAAUUACAAUAUCUUAUUUUUAUUGUGUUUUAGCUCAUCUCACCAGAAGAAUCAGCCCAUAAUCGUGAUGGACACACUCGAUUCAUUUUGUAUUUAAUUAUGUUAUUGCGACAUCCUUCUACAAAGUACCAUAUGCGAGAGUUCCAUUUCCCCUUUGAAAGCAACAUUAAAAAAAAAAAAACAGCGACAUGAUACGAGUUGCUGUGUUUUUAUGAGGCCAGAGCAUAUUUCAUUUAAUAUUAGUGAUGUGAGCGUGGCCACAGCGCAAAUUAAACUUGUAUCUCAAGGCACCACCGCAUCGCCCCCGCCCCCGCCGCCACCCAGUUUGUACUUUUUUUCAUCUUCGGGCGUUUUGGUUGUAGCGUCAAACGGAAUGAAAACGACCUGAAACUGCGGUCAGGAAGUCCUCCAACGACAUCCGUUCGGUGCCGCCCAUGCGUGUUGUCAACAUCUCGGAAGCAUCCACCGCGCAACUCGUUUCAUUUUGUCACCACUUUCGAUUUCAACUUCUGCUUUGCUUUUCUUUCCACGUUUUAUUUAUUUAUCGAGUCGAUUCUUUUUCGCCGUCACGUCGUCUCGAUGCCAUGUUCUUCUCGUCCGGAGCUCGGACUUUGUCUUUUUUUUUUUUUUUUUUUGUGGGGAGUGAAUUUGAAUGUUUGGAACUGUGAAACUCAUCAGGGGUCAACUCAUUCGGUACAGGAAAUAUAACAAUAUAUAUAUUUGUUUUUUUUGUUUGUUUUUGUUUUUUUUUGUUGCUUUGAACUUGAAAGAAAAAUGCUCGACAUUCAACUGCUGACUGUAAUUUUGUUGGCGUGCAUCAUUUAGAAAUCAAAAAGGCUUGACCAAAUCAACAAUUGAUUAUUUUUCAGAAUGUAUUUUUCUGGAUUACGACGAUUCUCGAUUUAUUUUUAUUUUUUUCUGAGAAUUUUCUAAAAGGGAAAAUCUGUACUUUUAACUGGAUCCUUUCGGUUGCCUUAUCAUCAACGAGUAUCGAUCAUGAAUCAAAGGGUGACUAUCCAGCAGCAUUUAAAAUGAAGUGAAUGUUUUCUUAUUGAUUUGAGUGUAAAUAAAUCCGCACGCUGAAUCGGA